AUGCUCAGGCUUUCACUCGCCCUGAAGCAGAACGGUGGGCAGGAAAUGCAGGAAGAAGGCUGUGCUGGUGUGUUGGGGGCAUUUCUGACCGUUGCUUCAAGUUUCAGGAGCAUGAGCAGACAAGACCUGUGGCUGCUGGUAGAGUGGGGGGAGGUGCCUGCCUAUCCUCACCACGGUUGCCUGCCCUCAUCUGCCCGCUGUUCCCUGGAUGCUGAGAUUCCAAGGGGAGGGCUGCCCAUUUUCCUGAAUUUCCAAGCGCGGCAGCAGGAGGUGUUGCGCACAUUUGUGGGUGCGCUGAUGGAAACAAUAGACGUGGCUGGCUUGAGACCUAGCAUCCUCACCUUUCAUGUCCUCAAAGCUCAUUUAUCCUGGUGCUGGAGAAGGCUCGUGUCUGCACAGCGUAAUAUCCACACGGGUUUACAGCAUCAAAUCAUCUGGCCCUGUCAGCCCAGCUGUGUUCCUCUAGAUGAAAAACUCCUGCCUCAGCUCCUAAAAGAAGCAGGCUAUACUACCCAUAUGGUCGGAAAGUGGCACCUGGGCAUGUACCAGAAAGAAUGCCUUCCCACCCGCCGAGGAUUUGAUACUUUCUUUGGAUAUCUCUUAGGUAGUGAAGAUUACUAUUCCCAUGAACGCUGUACAUUCAUCAACGCCCUGAAUGUCACACGAUGUGCUCUUGAUUUUCGAGAUGGUGAAGAAGUUGCAACAGGGUAUAAAAAUAUGUAUUCAACAAACAUAUUUACCAAAAGGGCUACAGCCCUAAUAGCUAACCAUCCACCAGAGAAGCCUCUGUUUCUCUACCUCGCUCUUCAGUCUGUCCACGAGCCCCUUCAGGUCCCUGAGGAAUACCUGAAGCCAUAUGACUUUAUCCAAGACAAGAACAGGCAUCACUACGCAGGAAUGGUGUCUCUUAUGGAUGAAGCCGUAGGAAAUGUCACUGCAGCUUUAAAAAGUCAUGGGCUCUGGGACAACACGGUGUUCAUCUUCUCCACAGAUAAUGGAGGGCAGACGUUGGCAGGAGGCAAUAACUGGCCCCUUCGAGGGAGAAAGUGGACCCUGUGGGAAGGAGGCGUCCGUGGGGUGGGCUUCGUGGUCAGCCCCCUGCUGCAACAGAAGGGCGUGAGGAACCGGGAGCUCAUCCACAUCUCCGACUGGCUGCCCACGCUGGUGAAUCUGGCUGGGGGGAGCACCAAUGGCACCAAACCCCUGGAUGGCUUCGACGUGUGGAAAACCAUCAGUGAAGGAAGCCCGUCCCCGAGAGUGGAGCUUCUGCAUAACAUUGACCCGAACUUCGUAGACUCCUCUCCGUGUCCUGGGAGCAGCAUGACUCCAGCGAAGGACGAGUCCUCUCUUCCAAAAUAUUCAACCUUUAACACAUCUGUCCAUGCUGCAAUUAGACAUGGCAAUUGGAAGCUCCUCACCGGCUACCCAGGCUGUGGUUAUUGGUUCCCGCCUCCAUCUGAAUACAAUGUUUCUGAGAUACGCUCAUCGGACCCCCCAAGCAAGACCCUCUGGCUCUUUGACAUCGAUCAAGACCCGGAAGAAAGGCAUGACCUGUCCAGUGAACAUCCCCACAUUGUCAGGAAUCUCCUGUCCCGCCUGCAGUUCUACCACAAACACUCAGUGCCUGUGUACUUCCCUGCACAGGACCCCCGCUGUGAUCCCAAGAGCACUGGUGCAUGGGGCCCUUGGAUGUAAGAUUUCUGGGAGGCCAGCAAACCUUGCCAGUGGGUCCCCAGGCUUUUACCCUCGCCUCAUCUGAUAGCCCAGACUGGGUUCCCCUGGCCCCUCUCCUGCUCCUAAGCCACACCCCGGUCUGAUCUCAACCCCCAGUGCAUCUACAAAGCUGAUGGAAUCUGGAGCACUCCUGCUGUUGGCGGACACGUGUCUAGAGGCGGUAGCUGGGCUCCUCCCUUUUCUCUAGGCUGCGGAACAGCUGGGACUUGACAAAGUUCUCGAGUCCCGAAGCCAGAGCAGCUGGCUCUUUUUGUCUCACAAGUCAGACGUUAGGUUCCCUCUGCCAAUAGCCAGUUUUAUUGGAGUGACUCACAUUUCUUCUAACAAAUGAAGGGUGCAGACCGUGAUUAACUGCCCUGCUGGCCAGGGGUGCUCCCUAUCUGCGAGUGAUGGUGCUCAGGCUGCCAUGCACGUGACCCCUCAGCUCACCUCCUCUCACUCAUCUCAUCACUGAUGUUUCACUAUCCAGGUCCAUGCAGCAACAUGCCUCCACCUUGGUUUUGGCUUUUACAAUUAAAAAAUGUGUUUUGAUCCUAA